AUGGGAGGUUGUGUGAGCGGUCCCAGGAACAGGAGAGAGGAAGUCGCAAUUCAGACUCCCAUCACACCAAAGAAUGCUGAGGGCAUCACCCUUGUUGUUCCUCAGGACAAUAUUCAACAUGAAGAAGUUCAGGUAAAGGAGGACAAAGUAGAGGAAGAGAAGCUAGAACAACCAAAACAAAUAGAGCAACCAAAAGAAACUGAGCCAACAGAAACAGAGCAGCCAAAAGAAGCUGAGCCAACAGAAAUAGAGCAGCCAAAAGAAGCUGAACCAACAGAAACAGAACAACCAAAAGAAGCUCAGCCAUUAGAAACAGAGCAGCCAAAAGAAGCUCAGCCAUUAGAAACAGAGCAGUCAAAAGAAGCUCAGCCAUUAGAAAUAGAGCAGCCAAAAGAAGCUCAACCAUUAGAAACAGAGCAACCAAAAGAAGUUGAGCCAACGGAAACAGAAUCACCAAAAGAAGCUGAGCAACCACAAGAACCAAAAGAAGCUGAGCAACCAAAGGAGGUUGAACAACCAAAAGAACAACCAAAAGAAGCUGAACAACCAAAAGAAGCUGAACAAGCAAAAGAAACAGAGAAAAACCUUCUCGCCCUCUGA